CUGCUAACGCUAGCUUUCGGGACUGUCAAAACAAAAUUUUCAUUACAAAUUUUUAGUGAAAGUUGAUACGCGUAAAAUAAACUUUUCUUAUCUUUUAUAUUGCCUAAAACAAAGAAGCAGUAGCCAUUUGAAGAUCGGUGGCUGCAGCAGAACGUCAUGAAUUUGGCGGAUCCAUGGAGCACUGGCAGUAGCGAUUCCAUCAACAGUAAUCCCCACUCAACGUCCCUUCAGUUUGAAGACAACUUUGAACCACCCGGAGUGUGCAGCAGUGAAAACCAACAGCCGAGGGAAGGACGUCUUCCGGAUUCCGACAGCUAUCUGGCGGUGUUAGAGCGUCGAUUGAAGCGAAUCAGAUCGAAUCCUACCGUGCUUCAGCAGUUGGCCGAGAGACGCGAGGCGUGUAUGCAGCAUCUGCUGAACGAUAACAGCAGCGCACGUAGAAAUUCCGACCUUGAGCUGGACGAACCGGUCAACAAUCACGAACUGUUGCGCUUCAUUAGGCCCGAACAAGCGCUGUCCGUUGCGGAACUCGUGCACCUGAUCAAGUACGAUCACCUCGAGCAGGAGCCGACGACACAUCAGGAGCAAGAACCAGACUCCGGUAAAGAGGGGGAAGAGAGCGGAACGGAGAGCUCAACCAGUCGCUAGUAAUUACCGGUCAGAGCAGAAUGGCGUCUCCAUCCUCCACUAAGAUUGACCUGGACCAGGUCUCGUACCUACUGAUCACCGGCGCCUCUCGGGGAAUUGGCCAACGCAUGGCGAUCGAAACGGCCAGGAAGGUCAAACCCGGAUCGAUAGUAGUGCUGCUGGCUCGUUCCGCUUCCGGUCUGGAAUCGACCAAGGCGGAAAUUUUGGAGGUCAAUCCCCGGAUCACUGUGAUCACAAGUUCGGUAGACCUGGCCAACGCGUCCAAACAGCUUCUGGAGGACAUCAUCGAAAAAUCUCUGGCCAAGACACCGACCAACAACUUUGGUCUUGCAGCGGUUAUUCAUAACGUGGGCACGAUUGGCAACGUAGCCCGGAAGGCAAUCGAUAUGAGUGACCGCCAAGAAUGGGAAGAAUAUUUUGCUACGAACGUGUUCACGGUCGGUGUUCUGAAUAGCUGCUUCCUGCAUAAGUUCAAGGAGUGUGCCAAGAAGUUGGUUGUGAAUGUGACCUCGAAGGCUUGUUUGCUUCCGUUCAACAGUAUGGGAUUCUACUGCGCUGGGAAAGCCGCUCGUGAAAUGUACUUCAGAGUGCUGGCUGCUGAAGAGCCCGACCUUGUCGUUCUGAACUAUUCGCCGGGCCCGGUAGAUACGGAUAUGACCGUUGACAUCCAAGAUCGUUCUAACGACGAAGGCAUCCGUAGCUACUUCAAAGGCCUUCGCGACGAUAGCACGAUUCUCACCACUCAACAAACCACGGAAAAGUUUCUGAGCAUUUUGGAGGCGGGCCAAUUCAAAUCUGGGGACCAUGUUGAUUACUACGAUUAAUCUUUCAAAUCAUUCCACUUGUAUACUGUUAUUGCUUAUUAUAUGUUCUGGUUUAUAAAACUAUCCUUAUACUCAAUGCUGAUAUUGUAUGAAUAAAUGUGCAUUAUAAAGUAAAAAUAGGGUGCCGGUGCCAUUAGUGGACU